UAAGGGAAGCUGCAUUCGCAGCAUCCAAUUUUACAAGCUUCAAUGAGAUGCUCGUCCGAAUGAGCGAUGCGUUUUCAUAAACUACAAUAUUAUAGUCUUGUGAUAAUACUAUAGCCACAAUAGUACGUCACUACGUUAGAUCAGGUUAUGUUUAUGGUUACAUUGUGUUCUACAGCCGACGGUAGAUAUAAAUGAUAAUAAAUUAUUACUGGCCUUUCGGAAUUUAAAUUUUUUUUACAAUACAUUUUAAACUUAUAAUUAAGCCAACCUUAGUCCAUAACUAUUAACUAUGUUAGCCUUCUAGUUUUUAAAAUAAUUCUUAACGCUAGUUUAUAUACAGACUAUAUAAAUGUUUGAUUUUUAUUAUAUGUUAUGUUUAUAAAAGUAUUAUAAUCUAUAUGGAUAGACAACAGUUUCCGUUGUCUUACGGUGGUGACAACGACAUCGGAGACUACUUAUAUAACUUCCCAGCGGAUUACUAUGAAUUGUAUGAUGAUCAAUUAGAAGAUGAGAAUCAGUAUUAUCAAUCAAAUACAGAAACUCAUGAUGAACCCUCGUUUUGGAGCAAUCUAACAUUUCACCAGUUAUGCACUCAAUGUGUUGUGCCUGCUGUUGGAAGUACUGGCAAUCUACUGGGAACUACACUUAUUCUAUGCGUGUUUUUCCGAUUAUUCAUUGUUAUAUGCAAUAAAAUCAAAAUAGUUCCUGAAGCAAUCUUGCACACAGUGUGCGCCAUAUGCGGUAUUCUACCAUUAAUCAUAUUUCAUGAAGAUGGAGAUGUGUACCAAUUAUUACUACAAAUUAUACUGUACCCUAUGUUCUGUUACAUAGUGUCUAUAAUAUGUAUAUUGACUUUAAAACACCAUUCCUCUAUUGUGUUCUCUAUUAUAAUCCUAUUUACAUUAUUCUAUCGUGAAUGUUUUACAAAUGAUUCAAAAUGGCAAAAAACCAAAAGUGCUCAUAUGCUAAUGUCAAUGAAAGCAAUGGCAAUAUUAUUUGAUAUUCAAUCGAAUAAAUUGCGAAAGUUUCCUUCAGUUCCUCAGUAUACAGGUUAUAUGAUGUGCGCAGGUACUGUUUAUCUGGGUCCAUUUUUAACAUUUCAAGAAUACUCAAACGCGUUUUUGUUCUCUGUUAAUUGGAACAAGACCAAAGUCUGUCAUUUAAUAUGGAAAAUAAUAAUUUCGUUGCUUUGCUUCGUUUUAUCAAUUUGUGUUGUAGAUUGGCUGUUUAGCCAACAUUUAUCAACCAAUAAUAAAAGUAAUUCAAUUAUUAACAUUUUUCUAACUAUGUACAAACAAGCUUUGGAGUUCCGUACUGGUCAUUAUUUUGUUGCCUAUGCAUCUACAGUAUUUGCAACUGUUUGUGGAUACCACAGUGAAUACAACAGUGAAAUAUUAGUAACUCGACCAUUAAUUAUGGAAUGGCCACGAUCUCUUCUACAUGUUGUUGUGCAUUGGAAUGCGCCAAUGCACUAUUGGUUAAAAAAGUAUGUAUUCGAAGAAGUACUAAAAUAUGGCAAUAAAAAUAAAAAACAUAGAAAUAGAUUUAUUGCUGUAGGAACCACAUAUCUAGUGAGCUCUCUAUUACAUGGAUUAGAACGACGUUUAUCAGCUGUACUACUUUCUCUUGCUGCUUAUACAUAUGUAGAACACCAAAUUCGUACCAAACUGGCAUCAAGAUUUCCAAACACAUUUUCUUAUUAUGCUAAAAACAAAGAUUCCCGCCAUAAUUCAAAAACUUACUUAGGUAGCCCAAAUCAAAAUAAUUGGUUAUUUUGGAGUAUUAACCUUAUGUUUACUAUUUUAAACAUUAUACAUUUAGCUUAUCUUGGUUCAAUAGUAGAUAUGUCCGUAGACAACUCUCAUAAUACUACCUACCAAGAAUCUUUUGCUCCUUGGAGUCGAGUAUCGUAUUUUAGUCAUUUUAUAACGUUAGUUAUGUUUUUUAUCAGUUUUAUACUUUAAGUGUAUAUAUUAUACAUAUAUAAGUCUUUUGUAAGCAUAAAAAAUAUAUAUAUUUUUUUUUAUUUUUUUAUGUAAUAUAAUAUACUGGUUAUUUGAAUUAAAAAUAUGUUAAAGCUAAACAGACCAACUUAGAAAACAAAUAAACAAUUAAAAAAAAAGUAAGAAAAUGACAUUAAAAUAAUAAAUAUUUAGUAGUACUUAUUCAAUACUUAUGAUAGUAAGAAUAAUUAAUCGAACGAGAAAUGAUGGGUAUUGUUGGCCAGAUUUGUCAUCCUAUACAAAGAAUUAUUAUUAAAAUAAAACAAACAACAUUAACAUUAAAUAA